GGUGCAAUUUCCGUUUGAUUACCUGUCCUAAAAUACAAACAAGAUUUUUUCAAAUGAUUUGUCCACGACUUUCUGUCUGUCCACGUAAACAGGUGCAUCCAUCACCCGAUUCUGAAUAAAUAAUCCCUCAGACUAGCAUUUCGAUGGCAAUCAGCAGUAUCUCCAUCAGGACGCGCUUGAAUCCGAGGUUCAAUCGAUAUCGACUCUGUCCCUUGACCAUUGCAACCUAGAAGUCAUUCCCAGCAGUAAUCUCCGCUGAAAAGAUGCCCGAGUUAAAUCGAAAGUUCAAUAAUCAAGGACUGAGGACUCACCUCGCGAAAUUCGCGUUGUACUUCUUCAAAGUCAUCGGAUUGCUGCCCCUGGGGGUGAAAUUGACAAGUGGACGAUUAGAAAUCCAUACCUCGAGGAUCGGUUAUGCGUACAGUCUUUUCCUAGUAGUCGUGAUCUUCGGUUUGGAUUUUUACUCGAUCCCGUACACGUACCAGAUGCAAUACAUCGGUGACAGUGUCUUGACGAGAAGAUUGAAGCUGACAAAAGCUGUAAUAGGUACAAUCGUGCUGUUCCUCGUGUGGUUCAUCAUGUGCCUGCGACAGAGAGUCCUGACAGACAUAAUUAGCAAAUGGAUCAAUGUCGACCGGGAGAUGACGAGUUACAAUCAGAUCCACCAGAUGAGAGCCUCGAGUCCACUGCUGAUGGUGUUCUUCAUCUCGAAUCUGAUGAUCUGGGCUGGUGUAAUUACGACGGACGUUCUCAUCCUCGAGGCUUUCGGUGCUAAUGUACUGUUCUGGGUAUCGAUGAUCAUCCCAAGCUUCAUCGUCAGCUGGCUUUUGAUCCAGUACACGAUGGUAUUGUGUCUUUUGACACUUCGAUUCCAAAGUGUCAAUCGAACGAUUGUAAAACUUAAUGGAGUAUCUGAGGGCAUUAGCUUGGAUCACUACAUCACACCAGUCCUCAGGGUUCCUCUGGACAGAUCCAUUGUCGGCACACUCUUGGCUGUGAAAAAAAUUCACGCCCACUACUACGAGGUGUCCAAUGAUAUUGCCAAUUUUUAUGCUGUUCCUUUGCUUUUCGCUGUGACAUUCUACUGUGGAACUAUUAUUUACAGCGCUUAUUAUCUGAUUAUUCCCCUCAUAUCCAUAUCCUGGGGAGACAGAAUUGUCUUGAAUACUGCCAAUGCUGUACUGAUGCUCAUCAUGCAGCUCUUCCCUAUUGUCAUGAUGGCUAUUUGCGUCAACAGACUCACCCACGAGAUGAACAUGACAGCCGAUGCUGUCCACAAACUACUCGCCUGGUCGCUCCCUAGUCGAGAGGUGAAGUCCGAGGUGAAUCAAUUUGAAAUCUGA